AACACGCCAACGCCAGGGAACGGCUGGCAUCGUCCGGGCGUUAAAACACGCCCGCGCCAGUCAAAGAGUUAAUGGCAUGCUGCUUAGUCGUACACAGGAACAAGUUUACUUUUAUCUUUUAGUGUAUUUCCAUCGUUUUUCUUCUUUGAAAAUAGGUGUGGAUAAUUCUUAUUGUUACCCCAAAAAAAUAUCUUUUUUAUGUAAAUCAGAUAUUGGACAGGUCAUUUUGCUUUUGUCAUAUAUGAGGAAUAUCAUGAAAUUCUUAAGAGGAAUGUCACGAAGUCCUUCAGUCAACAAGGAGAAUGCAUAUGAAUAGUUAAUGAGACUAUAACAUCUCUUUAAAACUGUAAAAUUGUAAAAGUCGUAUAUUCUCAUUGAUGCUCUUGAUGGAUAUAUUGUGUACAGGUGCUUUCUUUCAGAGCAUAUGUUUACUUAUGUUCAAAAUGACAUCAACUCCUGUGAAUUAUAGUGAAAACCUGUUACAAAAUGUUCAUGAGGGUACUGAGCCUCCUACCACAAAUGGCACUACUUCAGUAAUUCAAGGAUCUUAUCAUUAUUAUCAUUAUGGCUGUGAUGGUAUGAAUGACAAGGGCUGGGGUUGUGGCUACCGCACUCUGCAGACCAUCUGUUCAUGGAUAAGAGGCACUAUAGAACAUUCCCCUGCAGUGCCCAGCAUCCCUGCUAUUCAGCAGAUAUUGAUUCAUUUGGAAGAUAAACCUUCGGGUUUCAUGGGAUCUCAUGAUUGGAUUGGCAGCUUUGAGGUGUGCUUGGUUGUGGACCAUCUUUAUGGUGUGUCAUCAAAAAUAAUCCAUGUGACUAAAGGUUCAGAUUUGAAUCAACAUAUGCCAUCAUUAAUUGAACAUUUCAAUAGAUAUGGAAGCCCUCUUAUGAUGGGUGGUGAUCAGGAUUGCUCUGCAAAAGCUGUGAUGGGAAUACAUGCUUCUGACAGUGAUGUGUACCUUCUCAUUGUGGAUCCUCAUUACUGUGGCAGAGCAAGAAGUUGUCAAGAAUUGCAAAAGAAAGAAUGGGUAAAGUGGCAACAUAUAGAUGAAUUUGUACACAGCUCUUUCUAUAAUAUAUGUCUUCCUUUGUGCACUGGAAAUGGUAACAUCAGUGGAGAUAAAAAUAAUGCUGUCAUCAAAGUGAAGAAAAUAAAUAGAACUAAGAAAAUUUAGAGGAACAUACUGCCUCCAGCUUCAGGAAACAGGUGUACCGUGCAGGAGGUGGCAGUAUGUUCCCUUGAAAUGUUAGUAUGCAUCUAAAUUACACAGUGUAAUAACCCAUGCUAGAUGUGUACCUUGAGGAUUGAGAGAUGUGGUUCUCUGAAAUGUUUGUACCCAUCUACCAAACUACAGUGUCAUAACGUGUGAGACCGCAGUAUGAAUCUUCACUACCAUGAAAACCUCAUAUCUCAUCUGAGAUGAUUUCUGUAAGAAUUUUGUCUUUAAUCUUAAAUAAAACUAAUCUUUCAUAAACUUGGGGGGGGGGAAGAGUAGGGAAAAUAGAUAUAGCAUAUACCACAUGGAUAGUAACAUUAAUCCCAAGAAGGAAAGAAAGAAAAUAUAUUUUGAAUUUUGAAGUUCUGCUUGCAGUGUAUUUUUAAAUUUAUGUGGGUAUAUAAUGCAGUAAUGUUAUAAACACACUGUAACAUUUAUGUAUAAGAGUGUUUUAAUUCAAGCAUAAUUUAAUCAAUAGAAUAAAAUCUAAAAUAAAUUAAAUCAUGUGUA